CUCGAAAACCUGAGAACUCGAUGUCCUCGAUACUUAAGAAUUUGGUGCCACACUAACUCCAUUGCGGAAGGGAUGUGAACCCACGGCGAUCCCAGGCACGCGGCCAGGUACACGUAUCUGAAGCAGCGGAUAUACAAGUGUCGGUCCGGAUGUUUGUGUCCCCACUUUACGAAUGGAGGAAUAUUUCUAUUCCCCGGAUCUGAGACAUAAAAUCAGUCGCCAUAUCCGCCACUCCAUCGGUCAACAUGACAAAUCAUACUCACCACUUUCGCAUGAAGCGUUGCUAUUGCGGGACACACGUCUUCGGGUGACAUGUGCCGUCGACUCCACGCAUGCUACUUCCCGUGAUGGGCCAUUCACUGAACUGGAGAGUGGAUCGUGUGGACAAGGCGGGUACUUCGAUCUUGUCCCAAACAACCGGCGGAGUCCAGCUCCAAGGAUUUUGGCACCGUUUGCGGUCGAUGGAGCCAAGUCGCACCGAUAGUCGGAUCUCGGGCCAGUAAGCGGAGGUUUCAUUUGUGAGACCAUAAAUUUGCCUUCUUCGAGGGCUCCUGUGCACCGUGAGCGAUUUUUCAGGUCUAUGA